CUCGGAGAAGGCGCAUUUGGUGCAGUUUAUUUUGUCAACCAAAAAGGAAAAACCUAGGUGGAUUUCGAGUUAAAAGUUGAAGCAAGAGUAGGAUCCAUUGGGCUUGCUUAAAAUGGUAAUGGAUGUGCUUUUGGAAGGGAAGAAGCAGAAAAUGGUUGGACGCCACUUUUUGGAGUUGGCUGACUAAAUUUCGUGGAAACAAGAAAACCAGAUGAAAUGUUUUUAAUGAAUUCUUUAAAUGCACGAUAAAAAAGAUGUGAAUACUAUGAUAAGAGAAUAGCGUUAAUACUUUGGUCAGUUCCAGCGCACCACUGAAAGUGAUAAUAGAAAGUGAAAGAGACUUAACAUCUAUUCAACGAAAUGAGCUAUUCGGCCUCGCAUCGUUAGAAACUCGACGCAAAACAAUUGAUAGAAAGUUUGUUUCUAAGCUUUUGGCCCAGAAAGUUGACAUGGACAUCAAAAAUUUCUUUCAAAUAAGUGAAACUAACAAAACGCGAACCAAAACUAAGUUCAUCUGGAAAAAAUCCAGAACUAAAAUUAGGAGACAUUUCUUCACAAACAGAGUUUUAAGCUCAAUAGGAACCUCGCUUUAACAGAUCUGGAUCCUCAUUUUCUUUUUUUUUCAAUCUUCUCUCUUUCCUUUUUAUGUUUCUAAUCCCAUUUGCAGGUGAUAAUUAUGAAUUGUAUUUAUGCAUAAUAUUUUUUACCAUGUAUUGACGGAAUUGAUUUAUUUUAAUGUGUAUUUGAUUUAUGAGUAUUAUGUGUAUUAUUUUGUGUUUUUUCUUGGGACACGAUUCGUAUGGAAUCGUAUUAAAAUAAAUAAAUAAAAUAAUGUGGGAGUAUUCAAGAAAGGAUGCAAAAAGACUGGAUGGCUUUUUGUAGGUUGCCCACGUGAAUUCACUGAAAUGUUUUCAAUUCUUGACAAGGGAAAUUCUUUGAUGCUUCAGAAUAUACGACCAUCUAUGAGCUUCUCGGGCCAUGACUAUAUUAUAAUACUAAAUGGAACGAAUUUUCUUAUAAUUGGGAGUA